GAGCAGCAGCCUGUCCUCUCACAAGGACGCACCUCUCUCCUCCUCCCUCUGCGCACAGAGCUCGACCCGCCGGGGAGAGAGGCAUGACGUCCCGGCCGGCAGCUCCGGGGAAACAUGGCUGGGAAAUAUAAAUGGAUGAAUACUCUUCAGAAGAUAUUUGUGACGGCCAUUCAAGGCGGACUUCAUACUUCUUAUUUCUAAUGGGAACUGACAAGAAGCGUCGGGAGCGCUGACAUUGUUUUUGGAUAAAUGUUUUGCCCCGGUUCCUCUUAAUACUCUUAAUGAAGUUUCAGGUCAAAUAGAAGAAUCAGAUGAGAACUCGUCUUAUUCCUUUACUUUCCGAGUUGUCAGAAACAGAGUGACCGAAGAGGACACGUUUUAGAAACGUAUUUUAAGCUGGAGAUGGAGCCAGAGGAGGGAAAGAUCUCUGUGUGGGUCUGCCGGGAGGAGAAGCUGGUCUCUGGGCUAACGAAGAGAACUACCUGCGCUGAUGUAGUCAGAGUUCUGCUGGAGGACCAAAACCUGCAGCAGGGCGCCUCGGCGGCGAUGCUGUCCGGCUGUCCGCAGUCCUACUGCGUGGUGGAGAAAUGGAGAGGCUUCGAGAGGAUUUUACCCAACAAAACCAAAAUCCUCCGACUGUGGAGCGCCUGGGGGGAAGAACAAGAGAAUGUCCGCUUCGUCUUGGUUAAGAACGAGGCCUCGCUGCCCAAUAACGGGCCCCGCAGCGCCGAGGCCCGUGUGGUCCCGAGUCGAGAGAGCGGGGGUCCUGGCGGUGUUCUCAAAGGUACCGCCAGGACCUGCUGGACCGCCGCGGCAGCCGCUGCUAACCUGUCCCAGGAGAAACAGAGGCGCAUAGUCAGGAAGGCUUUCAGGAAGUUGGAUAAGAUGAACAAAAAGAAAGAGCAGACUGUUUCUAAAGAUAAAGGCUCCGCGGAGAAGAUGGAGACGCUGGUUCACCUGGUCAUUUCCCAAGACCACACCAUACGCCAGCAGAUCCAGAGGAUCAAGGAGCUGGACCGGGAGAUCGAGCGAUACGAGGCCAAGGUGCACUUCGACCGCAUCAAGAGACACGGGGUGAACUAUGUUCAGGACACGUACAUGGUGGAGUCCUCCUCGGAGGCUCCAGCGCCAUCGGACUGUGCGCGCAAAGCGGAGCGGCAGGACGCGUGGGGCUCAGCGGAGGCGCUCGCGCAGUUCGAGGAGUACGCGCGCCAGUGUGAGGAGGUGGUGCGGCUUCACGAGGAGCUGACAGAGCGCGAGGCGCUCGUGGAGUGCAUUACAGGGGAGAUCCAGGAGGAGCUCAAUCGACGGUGGAUGAAGCGAAGGCGGGAGGAGAAAGCGGAGGCUGCUCAGGGCACAGACAGCGGCGCGGGGGAGAUGUGCGUGGCCUCCUCUGUGGCUCCAGCUGUGGAACCAGGCGUGGAAAGUUCUUCUGAGAACGAGCUUGCUCUGGAGGAGGAGCGGAUCAAAACACAGCUGGACACCAGUCUGUACAUCGGCCUGCGGCUGAAGACAGAUCUGGAUGCCAUAAGAGGAGACUUGGACCUGAGUCUGGCACUCUGGGAUAACAAGGAGAGUGAACUUCUGGACCUGCUGGCCAAAGUUGAGACCAUGGAGAUAGAGCAGGUGAACAACAAACUGAGUGAUGAUGGUAGGGGAGAAGUGGCUGCAGUGAGCGCUGAGGCUGAGCCAGCAUCAGCAGAAAAGAGCAGCGGCUGGGUGGAGCAGGCUAGAGGUCUGUCCAAGGCCUGCAAUACAAACGACGAGGACUCAGACACAGGCUUGAGCUCCAUGCACAGCCAGGACUCUGACAACCCACCUGUGUGUGAGUCGCUGGUAUAGACUCUUUUCAUUUAGAUCAUGUCGAACUUUUAUGCAAUUCAAAGCUACAAACUCAGGGGCAGAGAGCUAGUGUUGGCAGAAACCAAAAUGCACCUCAGUACACACACUGUAAUUCUAUAGCAAUAAUUCUUGUAUGUAGUUGCACAAUAAGCUAGCAAGGACAGCAUGCUUACAGAUGUCUGAUAGACAUUGCACCUCUAUAACUGACCUUUGACCUCUAUGAGGAGGAUCAACAAAAUACUUAAUAAAAAAAUAGCCUAGAGGAGAGUUAUGAGCAGCCACGUGUUACUCUUCAAUAAGAAAAUACCUUCAAGUAAUAGUUGAUCUAAGGUUUAUAAGGAGUUAGUAAAAGCUUGCUUUGUAAGGAUGAACAGAUUAUUUAAAAAAAAUUCUAAAAGGUAAGACUGUGUGUAUCAGAGUCUCUGUUAGUCGGCCUAUAUGGCCUUAAACAUGUUAACAUGACAUGCGCCUUAAUGUACACUGAAAUACAGUACGGAGUUCCCAACAUGCUACGAUCUUUUUCUAUUAAAUGCACAAUGAUAGAAGAUGAGAUCAGUUCAUAUUGAAUUUCAAAAUGAAAUUUCAAAAAAGACCUAUUCAAAAUAUGAUCAGUUUGGGGAAAAUUCUUUAAUUGGUGUUUUUUCUUUGUUGAAAUUUGACCUGUCCUUCAAGAAUAGAGGGCCUGUUUAUUUAUCAGUAAAAAGCAGAAUUCAGCUGUUCCAUUUAUAUUUGAAAUAGUUUUGCAUGUGGCUCUUUAAAACAGUACAACAUUACACACAACCCCACAUUAGAAACACUAACUAAGUAAAGUGUGAUUUAUUGUCUCCUAAAAUGGAUUUGAUUACCAAAAAGAAAAUAUGAAUCUCAUAAAAAAAAUAACCUAACCCUACCCAUUAUUUACAAAUAUCAUUUUUAUUCCAUUCUCUGCUCUCUAAAUUCAUCAAUUCAUGUUUCCUUAGUAAUAUUUUGAUCAGCCUGGGAACCCUCAAGUCUCCAGCAGUUAGGGAGCCAAACAUACAGACAACUGAAGAGAGAUGAAGUCAGAGCCAAAACAAUGAGUUCCAGCAUCAAGAGUGUUUAACUUGUUAAUGUGGAGGACUCACAAGAGACGGACUUAAAAAUAAAUUGUUAGAACAGUAACAGCAGAGACAUCCUAAUUCAAAGUUAAGCUGCUUAAACACAGGAACCUACACUUCCUAUAAAGCAACAUUUGCCCACUUUUUUUUCUUCCAGAUGUUUUAAUUUGCCAGACAAGGCUUUAGACAAACAUUAGAUAACCGUAAUGACAUCAUCAGGAUUAUCCAAAACUUUAGCAUGCUCCCCCGAGAGCAACACAAUAAAUUAUACAACUAUUCUUCUCGAGUCAUACACAAAAAAUAAAAUCAGUGCUGUUUAAAUCAUCAUCAGGAAGAAGUUCAGCUUUUUGAAUGCACUCGGCUUCUUUCCCUGAAAUGCAUCUCUUUCUGUAAUAAAUAAAGAAACCAGGAAGGCCUAAUGAGAAUUCAAAGGCUAAGUUUUAAGGUUUUUUUAAAGAAGGACAGAGUUAAGAACAAAAUAAAUGCACCAGGAAUUUCAAAAAGAGAUGGACUCCAGGUUCUAUUUCAAUUAAAAAAUAUGUACUUUCAAAGUCAUGGAAAGUCAGGGUAACUCCAUGAGAUAGUUUUCUUAUUCAUAGUUUAAAUAAAUGUGACAAAAAUGUACGACUAACUAAAAAUUAAUAUUUAAUAUAUACAACACAUUUAAAUCCCUCUAUGAGCCCAAAAAUGUCUUAGAUUAAAUUUUAAGAUGCUUUUGAAACAAAUUCAGUAAUCCCACAGCUCCUGUAUCUCUGAACGCUGAGUAACUGUUUUAAGCCUUAGAUCACGUUUUUAACACCAUGACAAUAGUUGAUGCAAAGCAGUAUUAAUGCUUCCUAUGCUUUUCUAGGAACAGCUUAGACAGUAAGCAACAGGAAGAUGAAACAGAAUCUACCAAAAUCCUUGAUUUUGAGAGAACAGCCUUCAACUAUAUCACUGUGUGUUUCCUCGGCUGUUGUGAUGUCAGAUCUUACAUGUUUGUCUUUGUCAAACUCUAAAAUAGUGAGAUUGAAUAACCCUGUGACACCUAGACCAGAUUGAUGAUACUGUUCUGUAGCUGUGUGCUGUAUCUGAACACAACAAUGACCUGUGUGUAGCUAAAUAUAUCACUUGAUGUGGGACAGUUUGGGCUCCUCAGUCUAUAACAUUCAGCCUGCUUUGUCUGUGUAUGGCUCUAGAUCAGCAACUACAGCCAGAAAUACUUCAAUACUCCCAUGCACAUGGCGGGGGGCUGCACACUGUUAACCAUGUCUGUUGGUAUUAAAAUAAACAGAAAAACAUU